UGUCACUCCGUAAGUCAACUGUCAAUUUCAUCAAACAUGAAUCUGUGAAUCGGUCUUGAAGGAAGAUAAAUAAUUAACAUUAAUUAGCUGUGUUUUGUGUACAGCGAAAGGAUAAAAAUAUUUCAGUAAUAUAAUUCCAUCAUGUUGAAGUUUGAAAUUGUCUCAUCAAGGACUGUCGAGGGGGCUGAGAGUGAGAAGAAAUACGUUGCCUACAUGUUGCAAGUGAGACAGGACAACAAAGAAUCUACGGUAUAUGACCCGGACCCAGCUAAUGUAGAACGAAGAUACACUCAUUUCCUAGACUUGUACAACGGCCUGAAGAAGGACUGUCCAGCUUUGUUGAAUAAUGUGUCAUUUCCGAGGAAGAUAGUGGUUGGUAAUUUUGAACCAAACCUAAUUUCAACAAGGUGUAGAGCUUUUGAGACGCUGCUGCAGCUCAUUUCAGGCGAAUCAAGGUUAAGAGACUGCCCGGCAUCUAUUAAUUUCUUCCAGAAUAUUGAGCUAAUUGAAGCGAGAAAACUUAUUGAAGAGAAGAAGUUCGAUCAGGCUCUUUCAAUCCUAGAAACAAGCUUUAAAUUACUGAACAAGGUGUACACAGACAGAUCUCGAGUAGUUCUGGGUGCACUGUGCCGCAUUGUAGCAUGUGCCGAGGCCAGCGGUGGGGCGCUAGCUGGUCCAGUAGAACGAUGGGCACAACUGGCAUUGAGACGAUAUGAAGCUGUCAGUGAUUCGGAUCUCUUACUAAUUUAUGUUCCAUUACUACAUGCUUGCAUUUCUAUCUGGGAAACUCUGGGACGUGAUAAGGCAAAAUUAAUUGAAGAACUAAAUGAUCUCCGUAAACGGGGGAUGAAAGUCGAUAGUGCUCCAAAGCUCAUGGAAGCUGUGGAUAACCUACAUUCUUCCAUAUAAAGUGAUCUGAUUAUGCUUACUAAUUAUAAUAUUUAUAAUGCUCUGUUGCUUUGAUGAACCAACUGGACGGAAUUUUAUGUAAGGACCAAUCAUAUUUUUUGGAUUUAUUCUUUUAAUUAAGCAUUUUAUCUCACAAAACGAUGCUCAAUUGAUAUUGUAUUUUUUUUUUGUGUGGAAACCAUCAUUAUACAAGGUCAACAAUGAGAUAUUGUUAAAGAUAUAUUUAUUGUAACUGAUUGCUAAAAGCAUGAGGGAGAUUUUUAAAUUGAUUAUCUCAUUAUUUUUAAGUAAAGCUAUAUUAAUGGAUUCAAAUGAUAUUCAAUCAGAUGUGCCGAUGAUUUUAACUUGCAUCUAAAACUGAUAUUUUAUGUUUGAUAUUAGGACUUCCAUAUAUCUAUUUAAGAUUUCAAAUAAUAUAGUGCCUGAUGUAUAUUCUUUCUCUAGCCUAUUACAAUUUUCACUAGUGUAACUAUUAGAAUUGGAUGUUCAUAUUAUAUUCUGCUUUAAGAAUUUAAAUCACGAGAACAUUGUCAAUUUGUCUUUGAUAGUGAGAAUAAUUUAAGAAUAUUAAACUUUUAAUCAUUAUAAGCUACAUGAAAGCAGCUUAAUAUUUAUUUUACGUAACAUUAUUUUUAGGAGUGCUGUAAAAUAUUUACAAUAUACAUUAUAAUUGUAAAAUCAUAUACUUACCUAUUAUAAAAAGAUGAAUUACCUAUUUUAAUUUAAUAAAAAAAAUUGCAUGAAAGAUCUGUGAAUAGUAAAAUAAUAUUUUUACAUACUAUUACCGGUUAUAAGAUCUGCGCAACUGGGGUUUACUUUUUAUUGUUUUUUUUUGCCUCUACCUAGUUCCGAUCAACUUUCGUUGACUGGACAUUAGGUAACAUUACAUACAUUUUCAUGUAUGUAAUGUGCAAAGAUGAGCUAGGCAAUACUUUUUUGUAUUAUUCGCCUACAAACAUGCAGAAGGAAAUUGUUUUAACAUAUAAUUAAUUAACGAAUUAAGAUCAAUCAUGAAAUUACAAUUUAACAUGUAUUGUAAAAAUACUAUGUAGAAAAAUACACUUAUGAGUUGAAGUGUAAAGUUUUAAUUAUAAAAAUUAAUUCUAAAGAAUGUAAAAACGUAUAUUAUAUAUAUGUUCAUUACAGUUGAUAAUUUGAUAUUUAAAAUACAAAAACUAUAGGAUUGUCGAUUUACGAUUAUUGCAGAAGUUUAAGGUGGCUGGAAUAAAACUGUAUAUCAAUAGAAUGUUUUAUGUUAUCAUUAAAAAAAGUUGAGAAAUAUAAACCAAAAACCAGGGCUUUAUGUGUGAAACUAAUUUAAGGAAAAUGCUCUAUUUAAUUUAUGUUAUGCGCCUUAUACAAUAUAGCUUUUAUGUAAAUAAUAUCACAUUUAUUAAUAUUUUAGUAUUUUAAUAUUUAGUUGGAAGUAACAUAACAUUAGCAAAAUGGUAUAAAUGUCACUAUUGAACACCAUUAAAAAAUUAUGUAAAAAGAGUGAUGUCACAAAUAUAUUUUUUUUGAAUUGGGCAAUUUACCAAUUUAAAUAAAUUUAAUACACUUUGAUUGUCAUGAUCUCGGAAUACCUCUGUACUGGAGUAAAAUUAAUUUUUGCUCUGAAUAAAUGCAUUAGUACAUACCUAGUCUACUCUUAUUAAGAUCUUCGUUUUAGUCUUGAAAGGAUGCUUAUUUGUAAGUCAAAUUAUGUCAUUAAUUCAAAGUCAAAAUUAGGUACCAUUCUAUGUUAAUGCAGUUUUAUAUUGGUAAGAUUUUCAGUGAUAUUAUUUUAUUUAAUAUUUACACGAUACUGCUAACAUUUAAGGUGACUGAUAUUUUAUAUAUUUGUAGCUGUUUAGAUAAUAAAACACUAUAUUUGAA